UACUUGCUGUAGUGCUGGGAGGGGGAUCUGACUGGGGCAGGUCUCUGCCGAUGCGGCCGGGAGGGAAAUCGUGGAGGAGGUGGAGAGAGUGAGGGGAAACCAGGAAGCUAUAAAACUGCUCGCCCGUAUGCACAGUAGCACGGCAUUAGCCCCAUAACAUCUGGAUGGGUACAGUGGGGCGCAAGCGGAAGGAAGAGCUCGGCCCGAACCCACCUGCGACCUGAGGAACUUAUGUGCGUGCCGGACCAAACCUGCCCGACCUGCAGUUCCGCCGGGUGUCGGCCCGACCUGCACAGCACUAUGGAGCAACCCUUGGCAUCAUUGUCUCCCCCCUCAGCUGUCCCUUGUGGCCCUUGGCCAAUCCACUAGCUUCCUGUGCUUUUUCCCCCAGUAGUAGAGGUGGGCUGUGUUCUGCCCUCUUUCUGUCUGUGCACAUUUGGGAAUGUCUGUUUCUCUCUCCGCACAUUCACAGAUACACACAAGCUAACGGAUUUUUCUCCCACUGUCUGAUAUUGAACUGAUUUGUUUGCCUGCCUAUAAUCCAGGGUUUAACACACAUUACAAAUCCAACCACAAUACAUGCUCCACUGCUCCAUAUGCACUUACAGAUAGUUUCACACGUGCUGUACCAUGUAACUCCCCAAAAGGGUAUUUACAUGUAAUGUAGGCUGGAUACAUGGUUCUGUUUUAUUCUCACAAUGAUAGAAAUGCACAGCAGUGUGUACUCUGCGCUACUCUUACAAUCAACACAGCACUGAGACUCCAUGUAGCCCUGUAGCCACCCAGCAGUGCCACACCAUUGUCUACCUUUUUUGUGCCAUUCCAGUUUUUUUCUUUUUUUUUUUUUUUCAAAAUGUCCCCCACGGUGUCGCCCCCUCUCUUCCUAUGGAUGGAGGAGAUGGGCCUUCUAAUGUUCUUGAGGGCACGACGAAUAUUUCUGCAAGCUGCAAUUUUGCUCUGUGUCCUUCUUUUGCUACUCUGGGUCUCAGUGUUCUUGUACGGAAGCUUUUACUACUCCUACAUGCCCACUGUAAAGUACUCCAGCCCUGUGCACUACCAAUACAGCUCCACCUGUGAACCCCCGCCUGGGAUCCUCUGCUCAUUCCCCAUGUCCAAUGUGUCUCUCCUGAGGAAUAAUCGGGAUCGGGUGCUUAUGCAUGGGCAGCCUUACCGUAUUUCCCUGGAGCUCCAGCUUCCUGAGUCUACAGUCAAUCAGGAUAUGGGGAUGUUCAUGGUGACUAUGUCAUGUUAUACACGCGGUGGAAAGCAGAUCUCCUUCACUGCCCGAUCAGCUAUGCUUCAUUACAAGUCGCCACUCCUGCGCACAAUGGAGACCCUGGCCUCCUCCCCGAUGCUGCUAUUGGGCCUUUCUGAGCAAAAGCAAACUCUAGAGGUAGAGCUAUACUCUGAGUACCGUGAGGAUUCGUACAUCCCUACUGUGGGUGCAGUGAUACAGAUACAGAGUGUCAGGAUACAGAUAUACAGUGCUGAGCUCAGAGUGCAUGCCUACUUUACAGGACUGAGGUACCUUCUGUAUAAUUUUCCCAUUACAUCAGCUGUGAUUGGAAUAUCCAGCAACUUCAUCUUCUUGAGUGUCCUAGUUUUUCUUAGUUACUUGCAGUGGGGGUUUGGCAGAACCCGUCUCCAGGAUAUGCAAGACAGGACAAGAGAUAGUAGAAGGGCAGAUACUCGUCAAGAAAGUGUUUCUCAAACAGAUGACAAAGACCAACCAGAUACAGAGACUAUUGGACAAAAUGACUCCGAUUCACAGGGAGCUCAACAAACAGACACACGCGAGGUGCAAAAUAUCAGUGCUGAUAUGGAUACAGAGAGCAGCUCUCAGUUCUCAAUGCUCCGCCAUCGCAGCACACAAGGCAGCAGCAAUUGAAGAGAAAGUGACAUUGGAUUGUUGCCCUGAUUCCUUUGGUAGGCCCACGACAAGGGUUCCAUAAGUGGAAGAGAGGGGAGAGGAGCCAAGAGAUGUUAAAAAGAGGAGCAGUCAUAGGCCACAGGGGUUCAUGGUUCUGUGAACCUUAAUCAAUGACAGUUCAGUGAGACUGGUCAGGAUAUCAUCAUGGAGAUAAAUAGACUCCUGAAGUGAAUAUGUAAUACAAUGACUGACUUGUUGUCAGGGAUUGGGUAUAAAAGUAGAACACUUUGAUGUUA